AAAUAAUGGUUCACAUGAUAAAAUUGAAUUACAAAAAUAACUAAAUAGGAUAACCUUAUCCUUUUUGAGUAUAUUUAUAGUAACUUUCAUUUCUUCAAUAGUAGUUAAGUUGGCUUGCUCCAUCAUCAUGGAUACAAUCAGAGAUGAAGAAAAGGCACUUCAUAUAGUAAUGUUUCCAUGGCUAGCCUUUGGUCACAUGAUUCCAUAUCUUGAACUAGCCAAGCUUAUAGCACAAAAGGGUCACCAAGUAAGUUAUGUUUCUACACCAAGAAACAUACAACGCCUCCCUAAACUACCACCAAAUGUUGCUCCUCUCAUCAAAUUUGUGAGCCUUCCAUUGCCAAAAGUUGAUAACCUUCCUGAAAAUGCAGAGGCUACUACAGAUAUUCCUUAUGACGUUGUACCACACCUGAAAAAUGCCUUUGACAAACUUGAACAACCUUUAACUCAUUUCCUUCAAUCUUCUAAUGCUGAUUGGAUUUUGCAUGAUUUUGUUCCUUUUUGGUUGGGUUCUGUGGCACCCCAAUUAGGUAUAAAAUGUGUUUUUUUCUCUAUUUUCACUCCACCGUUCAUGGGCUUUAUGGGACCGGGUUCAGUUCUCUUAGGUAACGACCCGGUUCGAACAAAGCCGGAGGACUUUCUUGUUUCUCCGUCGUGGGUUCCCUUUAAGACCACUGUGGCGUACCGUUAUUUUGAGAUCAUCAAGAUCAUGGACAUUCUCUCCGACAAUAAUGACUCAGGUUUUUCUGAUGCGUAUCGCUUUUGUUCAUCAAUUAAGAAUAGUGAGUUCAUUUUGAUUCGUGGUUGUACCGAAUUUGAACCUGAGUGGUUUCAAGUGAUCCAAAAUAUUCACAACAAAUUAGUUCUUCCCGCCGGUCAGCUCCUUAGCACGGAGUUUGAGGGCGGCGACGAAAACAACACAUGGUGGUGGAUGAAGGAGUGGUUAGACAAGAAACCAAAUGGCACAGUGGUAUAUGUGGCUUUUGGUAGUGAAGCAAAACCAAGUCAAGAAGAAGUGAAUGAGAUAGCUUUAGGGUUGGAGAAGUCAAACCUUCCAUUCUUUUGGGUCCUUAGGGUACGACGUGGGCCUACAGAUAAGGUUGUGUUGCAGUUGCCAGAAGGGUUUGAAGAACGAACCAAAGUACGUGGAGUGGUAUGCACUGAAUGGGCCCCACAAAUGAAGAUAUUAAGCCACGUGGCAGUUGGUGGAUUCUUGACUCAUGCAGGGUGGACAUCGGUGGUAGAAGCAGUUCAACAUGAGAAGCCACUUGUGUUGUUAACGUGUCUUGCAGAUCAAGGAAUAAAUGCAAGAAUGUUGGAAGAAAAGAAGAUGGGAUACUCAGUGCCUAGAGAUGAGAGAGAUGGGUCUUUCACAAGUGAUAUGGUGGCUCACUCGAUUAGGUUAGUUAUGGUUGAAGAAGAGGGAAGGAUCUAUAGGGAUAAUAUUAAGAACAUGAAGGAUUUGUUUGUCAAUCCUGAAAGACAAGAUAGAUAUGUUACUAGCUUGUUGGACCACCUUAGAAUUAUUCCUUAGUUUUAAUUAAGUAAUUUCUUCUUCCUUGUUACUGCAUUCAUUAAUAAGGUCCACCAAAUUUCUUUAUCUUUCAUUUAUAUUCAAUCUUGUUCACAUAUUGUUAGAAGUAAAGAGAUUGGUAAGCCAAGACUUUCAAUGAUUUUGAUGAUAGCACACGGAUUGUUAGGGAAUAUGUUAUGGUUUGCUAUUCAGCAAAGUUAUUUCAAGAGUGGACUUUUAAA